CGCCCUCGCCCACGUGGUCCGCCGCUUCGCGGGCGGGUAGCCCGGGCCGGGUCUCCGGACUCCUGAGAAGUGGGGGUAGGAGGGGCAGGAGAGGUCAGAGCUUCGCUUCGGGGUCCCGCGGAGGUCGGAGGCUGGCGUGUCCCGGGCGGCCAGGCGCCGCCGGCCGCCGUGCAUGGGUCUCCCGGGCCUGCGGGCAGCGCUGCUGACGGCCUGGGGACGGUGGGCCGCGCGCCCCGGCCUGCGGGCGCCCCGCCUGCCGCCCAUGGCCGGGAACGAGGCGCCCCCCGCGCGGGCCCCGCACCAGCCCGACCGGAGGGCCCGCGGCGGCUGGGUGUGGGAGGAGGCGCAGCCGCAGCCGCCCAAGCGGCCGAGGGGCGGCGAGGACGCGGAGCCGCCGCGGAAGCCGCCCAAGCGCAAGAUCGUGCUGCUCGUGGCCUACUCGGGGAAGGGCUACCACGGCAUGCAGAGGAAUGUGGGGUCCUCACAGUUCAAGACAAUCGAGGACGACCUGGUGUCCGCUCUCGUCCGGGCCGGCUGUAUUCCCGAAAACCACGGCACGGACAUGCGGAAGAUGUCCUUCCAGCGAUGUGCCCGAACGGACAAGGGUGUAUCUGCAGCUGGUCAGGUGGUAUCCCUGAAAGUAUGGUUGAUUGAUGACAUUCUGGACAAGAUCAACAGCCACCUUCCAUCCCACAUUCGGAUUCUGGGACUGAAGAGGGUGACUGGAGGAUUCAACUCCAAGAACAAGUGCGAUGCCAGGACAUAUUUUUACAUGCUGCCCACCUUCGCCUUUGCCCAUAAGGACCGGGAUGUGCAGGAUGAGACCUACCGCCUGAGCACGGAGACCCUGCAGCAAGUCAACAGGCUACUGGCCUGCUACACUGGCACCCACAACUUCCACAAUUUCACCUCACAGAAGGGGCCAAGGGAGCCCAGUGCACGGCGCUACAUCUUGGAGAUGUACUGUGAAGAGCCUUUUGUGCGUGAGGGCCUGGAGUUUGCUGUUAUCAAGGUCAAGGGCCAGAGCUUCAUGAUGCACCAGAUCCGAAAGAUGGUUGGCCUGGUGGUUGCCAUUGUGAAGGGCUACGCCCCAGAAAGUGUGCUAGAGCGCAGCUGGGGGGAGGAGAAGGUGGAUGUCCCUAAGGCACCUGGGCUUGGCCUGGUCCUGGAGAGGGUGCACUUUGAGAAGUAUAACCAGCGCUUUGGCAGGGAUGGGCUGCAUGAGCCACUGGACUGGACUCAGGAGGAGGGGAAGGUGGCAGCCUUCAAGGAGCAGUAUAUCUAUCCCACCAUUGUCAGCACAGAGCGGGAUGAGAGGUCCAUGGCCCAGUGGCUGAGCACCUUGCCUGUCCAUGACUUCAGUGCCACUGCGCUCGCAACUGCUAGCACAAGCGCCAAGGUCCCUAGUUCCCUGGAGGGCAGUGACGGAGAUGGAGACACGGACUGAAGCUGCAGAGCCCCACCCAGGGUCUCCAUGCUGUGCCCAUCACCUGGGUAUGGGGAGCCAAGAUUUCUGGGGCCAGCCUGUCAGGUGUGGCUUGGCUUCAUAACCUCAGGAUAUUGAAUUUUCCUCCCAGGAAUACCUGCAUUGAAUCUAUUUUUAGCUCAUGCAUUAUGUGUGCAUACUUUGGCAUGAAAGACACUAUUUUUUUUAUAAGGAGAUGAGUUUCUUAUUAAAUAAAAGUAAGUUUUGUUUGAUGUUA